AUGUGGAGCAUCAAGUGCGCUUGUCAGGAUGCACUUGGUCCGACCCGUGGUCAUGCUCUCACACCCGUGCAUCUACACACAUUAUCCGGAGCAUCAAGUAUUGGUCAUGCUCCAACACCAGUGCACCUACACACAACAUCUGGGGCAUCAUUGAUCAUUCCAACUCAACCUCAAGCACCCGAACCAAUCGUUCACAUCUCUGCUCCACCUCACCAACCUGGGUACCUUUCAAAUCGAUAUCAAGAGUUACUCGAUGCCAUGCAAAGGCUCUCAACCCAUACCCAAACAUGUCUCAUCACCCGUUUUCUACGUGACUGCGAGUUUGCCAAGGACCUCGAAACACCUGCUUUGAUCAACCCUCUUUCACACUCACUCGCUACCUCCUCGAAAACUCUGGAUAUUCCAGUUUCAACACAACUUCAAAUGAAAAAUUCAACCACUAGACCACUUAAAAGCCCGAUCACUCAUCUGAGUCCUUUGGACAAGUUUGUAACCCCACUUUCACCGUCAACAUUCCAUCCGGUGAAGGUGGCUAGUCCCACACCUGCUCAAUCUCAUGAUCCUCCUUCCCACAUCGAUGAAGCGACUACUAAUAUCUCUGAAGCGCCUACGACUACGACUGCUAAAGACCCAACUCCAUCGAACAAUGAGCAAGCAAAUGCCGACGCCGAUCAAGCUUUACUAGAAGCCAUCAAUCAAACCAAUAUCGAGAAAAUCAUGGCUGAUGACGAUCAAGGUGUAUAUCAUAAUCUCGGAGUUACUUCGAAAGAACAAGAACCUACCUCGGAAGACCUGCCUGCCUUCGACCCAUAUGAUUCAAAUGCCAAAAACAAUCAGCCAGAGCUCCCAAAGGAAACUCACACCAAUCCGAGAGCCACUUCAGACAAUCCAAUACCUAAUCCAGAUCCUGCUCUAGAUUUGGGUCCUGUACUUCAACAAGCUCCGGCACCUAUCAAGCGAGGUUGUGGUCGCAAACGUAAAAACACCAACACCAAGACCAACAAAACCAGCAUUGAUACCACGCUCAUCUCUCCUCACUCGUCAACCUCACUCUCAGUACCCAAACCAAAAAAACGCAAGAUGCCAAAGGGGUGGGUCGCAAUCGACGAGGAUGAUGAUAGCGUCAAUUUGGAACCAAACGGCGAUGUUGAACCACCAGCAAACCCCGAUCCAACACCUGUUCCUGCUCUCGCAUCAAAGGCCAGCAGAGGUCGCAAAGGCAAAGGUAAAGAAACCCCACAAAUUGCACUGAGAUCCUCUACGCGCCUCAAUCCAGUUUUGAAAGAAGUAGUCAGUGCAUCACAAUCUCCCACUCCAAUUGCAGCCAACUCAGGUGCCACACCAAUAUCAGAACCCCAAGAUUCACUGGCGACUACUUCCACUUCCAUUGUCCUGGAUCGGGAACCUGAUAUCAGGUCUACUACUUCAACGACCAAGACGAGCAGGAGCAUGGCAAAACUAAAAGUGAGUACUUAG